UUUCCCCAAGAAAGUGUUUCAGCUAGUUAAAAGGAAAAAACCCUAAACAAUCUACAACUUAUUUUCCUUCGCCGCAGAGAGGAAAGGAAUGAUCCCUCUUUUCUUAGGUUGGAGAUGUAGUAGGGCUUUGUUGAAGUUGAACACCACCACCACCACCACCACAGCCGCUACUGCUACUGCUACCUCCCUCCCAUAUCUAAUCCGGCACAACAGUUCCUUCCCCAGCAGCCAGCAUCAUGAUCAUGAUCAUGGUGUAAGUAGUACUCCUGCUAGUACUGAAAAAUGUUAUUGUCCCAACAACCUCAAUGGCCGAAUCCUGAUACUGGCCAAAAAAGAAAAAGAAAAAGAAAGAGAGCAAUUUUUGUAUUCUGCAGAGAUCCAUGAAGGAGGCAACGUAGGACCUGCAACUCUCGUCGCCACAGUCCCUUUAAAAAGAGAUACCAGCCUGUGUAACAGAUUUAGUAUCCCUCAACUCGUCAACGGAUUGUUAUGCUUUCGCGAUCGUAACGAUAUAGUGAUCUUGAAUCCCAGCACCGGCCACUUUUUCACUCUUCCACCUCAACAUCACACUUCCAGCAGGUUAACCGGUUUCAGCUUUGCUGAUAAUUUGUCCAACCAAUUCAAGGUCCUCAACAUCGAUCUUGAAUUUGACUCAAACCUCCACUUCUGGGCUCUGAAGCAGAGGGAAAGGGUGCCAUGUAGCAUUUACUCGUUCGGCGAUGGCGAUGGCAAUGGCAAUGAUGUCAAUAAUAAUUGGAGACCUAUACAGCCUCAAAUACCAGGUGAUGAUCAUUGGGAUACACUUGCUUUCUAUGAUAUCAAUAGAAACAGUCUUGCUUUCCCUGAUAUAACUAGUGUUUCUGUUAAUGGCGCAAUGCAUUGGAAUGUCGGUUUGUAUGACACUAAGAGUCCUAAACCGUGUCUCGAUUUGUAUUGGAAUCCUAAACCGUAUAAAAGAAAUAUAAUGGCUUUUGAUCCCCAGGAGGAGAGUUUUAAACUCAUUCCUCUGCCAGCUGAUGAUAAAGGUGAACCCAUCCGUGGAUCUCUUUCUGUGUCUUGUGGACGCUUGUGUAUUCAGCAGAACUAUUAUGACAAGAUAGAUCUUUGGAUAUUGGAGGACUACCACAAUCACAAGUGGGUUAAGCAGACUUUUAAUUUUCCUUUUGAAUUGAAUCGUAAAUCUGCUUUUCAAGCCAUCAACACUAACACCGGUGAGGUCUUAUUGGAAUCUAAUGAGCCGAAGGUGUCGUUACUCUAUUAUCAUAAAAAGACAGGAAUUUUUAAGAGGCUUGAGAUCGAGGGAUUGCCUCAAUGGAUGGCGGAACUACCUUACAUUGGCAGCAUAGGUUUUGGCAGUUUUCCUGGCCGUGUUUUAUUGAUCGACUUUAGGUUUCUACGAUGAAAUGAGAGAUAUAGGGAGAGUGAGAUAGGGAAAGUUUCCAAGUUAGGGGGGUGUUCAACCAAAAACCACUAGUAAGAUGAGUUGAAUCAAUGGUUAAACUAAU